AUCCACGGCCAAACCCCAGUCCAGCUGCUGGGAAGGCCUGAGGAGAGGCUCCCGGGCCAGGUGAGGAGCAGGCUGGACAGUCUGCCCCGGGAGCGCACCAGGGAGGGUCAGAAAAUUGCCCUCUCUUGGCUUCCUGUUGAUCAUGAGCGAACUUCCAUUUCUCACCCCUGUGGAGUCCGGGGAGCUCCAAGUACACAGAGGCUCCUGGAGCUCCCUAAAGGGGCUUCCUGCAGCUGCUUCAACAUCUCGACACAGCCUGGGCAUUUUCCAUUCCUCCUACAGUGUCAGCUAUCACGUGGGACCCUGGUGGGACAUCGCAUCUUGUCAAAAGAAGUGGACCAGGCAGAUCCUCAAAGACAUCUCCUUGUACAUCGAGAGUGGGCAGAUCAUGUGCAUCUUAGGGAGCUCAGGCUCGGGGAAAACCACGCUGCUGGAUGCCAUGUCCGGGAGGCUGGGGAGCAAGGGGACCCUGCUGGGGGAGGUGUUUGUGAAUGGCCAGGCGCUGCGCAGGGAGCAGUUCCAGGACUGCUUCUCCUACGUCCUGCAGAGCGACACGCUGCUGAGCAGCCUGACGGUCCGCGAGACGCUGCUCUACACAGCGCUGCUGGCCAUCCGUGGCAGCUCCCCAAACGUCAUCCAGAAGAAGGUGGAGGCAGUCAUGGCAGAGCUGAGUCUGAACCACGUUGCAGAUCGACUGAUUGGCAACUACAACUUUGGGGGUAUCUCCAGCGGUGAGAGGCGCCGGGUCUCCAUUGCAGCACAGCUCCUCCAGGAUCCCAAGGUCAUGCUAUUUGAUGAGCCAACCACAGGCCUAGACUGCAUGACUGCCAAUCAGAUUGUGGUCUUCCUAGUAGAACUGGCUCGCAGGGACCGCAUCGUGAUCCUCACCAUCCACCAACCCCGCUCUGAGCUCUUUCAGCUCUUUGACAAAAUCGCCAUUCUGAGCUAUGGAGAGUUGGUUUUCUGUGGGACACCCGUGGAAAUGCUCGAUUUCUUCAGUGGCUGCGGUUACCCUUGUCCUGAGCAUUCAAACCCUUUUGAUUUUUAUAUGGACCUGACAUCAGUGGAUACCCAGAGCAAAGAACGGGAAAUAGAAACCUACAGGAGAGUCCAGCUGAUUGAAUCUGCCUACAAAGAAUCGGCAAUUUAUCGCAAAACCUUGGAGGAUAUUGAAAGAACAAAACACCUGAAAACAUUACCAAUGAUCCCUUUCAAAACCAGAGAUUCUCCGGGAGUCCUUUCUAAACUGUGGGUUCUCUUGAGGAGAGUGAUGAAAAACUUAAUGAGAAAUAAGCUGGUGGUGACGAUGCGUCUCACUCAGAAUCUGAUCAUGGGUUUGUUCAUCAUUUUCUUCCUGCUGCGGCUCCAGAACGAUGUGCUGAAGGGUGCCAUCCAGGACCGCGUGGGUCUCCUGUACCAGUUUGUGGGGGCCACUCCGUACACAGGCAUGCUGAACGCCGUGAACUUGUUUCCUGUGCUUCGAGCCAUCAGCGACCAGGAGAGCCAGGACGGCCUGUACCAGAAGUGGCAGAUGCUGCUGGCCUACAUGCUGCAUGUCCUCCCCUUCAGCGCCCUUGCCAUCAUGAUAUUCAGCAGCGUGUGCUACUGGACUCUGGCCUUAUACCCCGAGGCUGCCAGAUUUGGAUAUUUCUCUGCGGCUCUCUUGGCCCCCCACAUAAUUGGUGAAUUUCUAACUCUUGUGCUGCUUGGUGUCAUCCAAGACCCAAACGUGGUCAACAGUGUGGUGGCUCUGCUCAGCAUCGCUGGGGUGCUUGUGGGCUCCGGAUUUGUGAGAAACAUGGAAGAAAUGCCCAUCCCUUUUAAAAUCCUCAGCUAUUUUACAUUCCAAAAAUAUUGUUCUGAAAUUCUUGUGGUCAAUGAGUUCUAUGGACAGAAUUUCACUUUUGGCAGCUCAAAUGCUUCUGUGUCAACUAAUCCAAUGUGUGCCUUGAGUCAAGGAAUUCAGUUCAUUGAGAGAACCUGUCCAGGUGCAACAUCCAGAUUCACAACAAACUUUGUGAUUUUGUAUUCAUUUAUCCCAACUCUUGUCAUCCUGGGAAUAAUUGUUUUUAAAAUAAGGGAUCAUCUCAUCAGCAGAUAGUAAAGAACACUGCUGUGAAAAUGGAACUUAAGCUCCUAGAUGUACAGGACUGCUUUGACUUUCUGAGAAAAAGGAUGCCAUGUGAUUCUUAAUAGUACAUUUUAAGUCUUUUAACCAUUAAGACUCCAUCUGUGCCCCCUUGGAUCCAUGCUGGCCUUGAAUGCUACUCCAACUUGCAGGGGACGUGUGGUAUUUGGAAGUUGCGACUGAGCUGCUCCAAAGAAGUAAAUAAUAAUAAUUCAUAAAGUUAUGGGAGACUGGUGCGACUAUUUGUUUUCUUUGUUCUAGACACAGCAAAAUAGGUCAGUUAAAUUAUGCUUACCUUUGAUAAAGGAUUUGGUUAAAAAAAAAAGAAAUCAUCUGAAAGAUUACUGACAUAAGUAACAAAAGAGAGUUGUGGUUUGAUUGAAGCAAAGCGGCACACAGACUUGGGUAAGAAUGCCUUCAUUAUCAUUUAAAAACCCACAUUUAUGUGCACGUGUUCACAUAAGUUACCUGGUCACAGGGAGAGGAUGUUGGACAGAUGCUGGAUGAAGACCCCUGACACGAGCACCCACUGAUUUUUCUGAGAGUUAAAAGGAAAAACUGCAGGAAUGGGCUGAACUGAGAACACACCAGACAAAAAGAUUAGUUUGCUAUUUUUCACUUUCCAUUAGUUUACCUACAAAAUUAAGAGCCCACGUUACAAGAUAAAAAGUGUAUGUACUGAGAAAUGACAUUUUUAAAGUUGGAGAGCAGCUGUUAUUUAAAGUCCAUAUGGAAGAGAUGCUCAACUGACCCAACAUUUACACUAUGAAGAACAGCUCUAUGUUAGGAAUUCAUGUUCUUGAAUUGUAAAGAGAAAGUAAGUUGAUUAAAUAAUUUUUAGGCAUGAAAAAAUUAUGUAUAUAGAUUUAUUAAAAGUGGGUUCUUGACUAAAUGAUUAUCUUUCUAAUUUAUCUUCAAUUCAUGUACAAAUCUGAAAUGAAACUGUCUCCAUGUUACCAUGGUAACUUUGAGUGAGAAUAUCUCAGUGAGUACAUGAACUUGUUACUGUGACCUAGCUUAUAAAGAAUGAUAAAUUAUAGCAUUUGAAAUGUCUCACAUUAUAGUAGGAAAGAUCGGUUCAUUAAGAAAACCACAGUAAAAUUCUAUUUCUUAGAGCAGUAUUUAAGGAUCUAGAGACAUCGGUAAAUUACAGAACAGUAUUGUCAAUUUUUAUAAAAGGUCUUUGACACUGAUGAUUAUGGUAUAAUAGUUACAUAAUGCCUUACAGAUUAUAUAUGUCACAUCAGUUAUAGACAAUUCUGGAGAUGAAAAUCUAUUAAAGUAGUUCAAAGAGUCCCACAGGAACCUCUUUUGAAAUCUCUGAUUUCAACGUACUAAAGAUAUGGGUGUACGAUAUAAGCGGAAACAUUUUCUGCUAUUCAUAUGCAGAUGAAUUUCAUUCUAGCUCUGAAACAUUUGGGAAAUUGACAUAGCACAUGACUUGAAGCUAUUAAAUGUUAGUGAUACCAUCUUAGAAAAAUACAAUGACUUUCAACAUGUGAUAGUUUGUGUCUCAAGUCAAAAAUGGACAGUGAUAUCUAAGAAAAAUCACAUUAUAUAAUAAAAAUUCCUAUUACUAUUGUGGAAUAGGCUGUUUCUUCUGACCAAGUCAGUGAUGUUUCUGAGAUCAUAAUGUUCCCUGUUAAUUUAAAGGGAGCUCUUUCUGCACAGCACCCGGGCAGGGUGCUUGUCUGCUCCUGCGAUUGCUGUUCCUUGGAGACAGGCAGAAAAUUCAAGAGUAUUGGAACCACAUGCGCUGUAACUAGUUUAGGAAGUCUUUAUUUCAUUGCGAUCCACUCGGAUAGCACUCAUCAAAUAAGCACACUUACCAACCCCAUGGUGUUCUUGGGGUUGGUAAGUGUGCUUAUUUGUAGCUGGGUGCAUAGCAUAUUAAAGUCAACAUAGUCUAUAGUGGAAAGGGAAGAGCACAGAGCAAAUACUUUCCUGUUUAAUGACAGCAAUUAUGCUUACUUCAAACUGCACUGUAGGUACACAAAUCUACAGGCAUUAGAGGGCUUCUUAAAGAUUAUUCCAUCUUGGAAAUCAUCUUGCUUAUCACCAGCUCAUGCAGUUUGGGCCUGCUUAUUGAAAGAAUACCUCCUUAUAUUUGCCCAUUCUUCAAAAAGUUAUAUUCAAAUUAAGUCAGAAUCACCAGAGGUACUGAUUAAAAAUGCAGAUUCCUGAGCCCCAUUCCAGACCCACUGGUUUAGGAUCUCUGAGUGUGAGGACUCAGAAAUGUGUGUUUUAAAUAAGUACUUCAGGUGCUUCUUGUGCACCUCCAUUAGAGUAAAAUGACACCCGUGAAAGUGACCCCCCCAUCCACUGUUCCAUCAGACACAAUGUGUCUAAUAUAAAUGCUCAACUUCAUACUCACAGCUGUUACUAAAUGCUCUUGCUUUCACAGUCCUGAAAACUUAAGCAAAAACUUAUAAAUGCUGAACCGAGAAUACACUGCUUAAAACAUGUUAGAGGUAGGGAAUGCAAGAUUCUUUUUAUUUAAAAAAAUAUUACAAGUAAUCAUAUAGUUUUUCCUUUAAGAGACUUUAAAAGUAUCCAGGGAGUUGCACUAACAAGAAAUUCCCGCUUUUCCUUUAAACAAAUGUUUGUUUUCCUUUAAACAAAGUUUAUGUCUAAACUUUCCUCAUUAUUAUAAUAGUUAAUUAAUAAAAUGAUCUUACUUAUAUUGGGAAAGAAGAAAUAAAUUCACUGUAGUUGAAGUAGGUUCAGGAAUCAAGCUCAAUUUGCUUCCAAGACUUGGAAGAACUUCUUUUGUACUGUUCUAGUUCCUAAAACAAAAACAUAUAUUAUUAAAAAAUAAACUUUAAAAUUUAAACUAGGCACCUAAAACUGCCUUAGCAUUUGGGGGUAUUUUGGGGGUAUUAUGGUGUUAUCCUUCUCAAAAUUUCUUGACAACUGUUUUAUAAAUGAUUAUACUUGGGAUUUAUUUUGUAGAAACGUAUUCUUCAGAGUUUCUAAGCAGCACUUACAGAGAUUAAAGUUGCAGACAAAAUUAUACACUAUAUGGUAUAUACAAACUGUCUUUCGACUAACAAAAUAAAGCAUUUGUCAUACUUUAAGUAUA